UUCCUGUCGCCAUCCCAUACAUCAUGGGAACAGGCGAGUGGAAUAAUGUCAAAAGUGACCAAUUCCGCUACUACCAGAACGCCGUUGCUGACCAAGACUACCUAUACGAAAUUAUAUUGCCACAACGCCAUGGUAACGUGCCAAUGCAUCCUGCCUUUUUACCUUCUCACCCCGUGUUCCAUUUCCAACGUUGCCAGUUCCUACCAAGCUCAUCGAACCAACACCUCAUUCGCGACCCGUCCCCUUAUCCCCUGGACACCGCUGCCUCUCGAGCUUCAUCUCCAUGAUCAUGGUCAACUCUGGGCAAUAUUGAAAUAUCUUCUUCCUUUGCUCAGGCUGCUUCCAGACAGCAUCAGCAAUGUUGUUGCCACCAUCACGAACAUGGUAGCCCAUGGCUCCCUCGCGGUAGACGUCUUCUACCGCCAGAGCCUCUUCAACACCCGACGCAACCUUGGCGCCCGGCAAGACAUAGACGCGCUUUCCAAACCACUCGUCCUCGGGGUCGCUGUCGUUCAAUCUGGCUUGGAAGCUGAGCACCCUCUUGAUGGUUGACACACGUCGAAGUGACAGACCGCCAUUGCCCGCAAAAUGAUCAUCUGCCCUCCUCGGUGCGCCAACAAAGUCCCAAUCCAGCCAGUCGUUCAAGCUGUCCUCGGAAUUGGCGCACAAGAUGCUGUCGGCCUCGUACUUUAACAAAUAUUCGACGCCCGGCAAGAACUCGUCGUAAAAUCGGAUAUCCGUCAGUGUUCGAAACACUUUCUCCUUGGAGUCAAUCUCCCACGGCUCCGGCAGCACCAUCAAGUCCAGCUUCCCAAUGAUUUGGCGGUGUUUGAUGGCCGCCGACUCCUCCAUGCCCGUCACACUACUUUUUGAGCCUAUGAAGACAAAGCGCCAUUCAGGGGGCACCACGUUCAUCAUAUACAGGAUGUGCGGUACAAGAUGCGGCAGUGGCCUUGGCUCGAUUAUGAUGGCGACUUUGGACGCAUUGUAUGCCUCAGAAACCUCCACCGACGUGUCCCAGUCGACUUGGAUGGAUGGUAGCUUCAGGAGCGCAUCGUUUAAUCUCGCCUUGAACGUCUCCUGAAUCACUGGCUUGUAGUGCGGAAACAGGGAGGCAAACCACCAGCUGAAUGGACCGGAUUAGCAGGCUGCUCAGGUUUGGCAAUGUGAAUGUUGGGAUAAGCUCACGUCAAUGCCAGGGAAACCAGCAGGAAGACCUUGGUUCGCGUAAUGGUGAAUGGGCCAGGAAACGCGCCUGAUGUCGGCGAUGUCGCCAUGGUGAAAAUGUGAUGUCGUCGCUGGAAGUUUGGGGCCGGCGGUGGAUAAAUCCUAGGUCAUGAUGGGAUGGGAGAUAUGAUCACGACAGUACCGACAACGGACUCACUGGUUCAUUACAGAGAGGUGUGUCAGAUGCGAAGGGGAAUUGAAGAAAUUCCAAACGAACCGAGAUGCAGGCUGACAGACAGGGAGAGGCAAGAAGUGGGAUGCAGGUACCUUGAUGGUACAUUCCGGGAGGGGACCAACCACUCACACGCUGCCGGUGGUCUUCCCCGACUUCGACUUUCGGAAUUGCACCAUCAGCCCUCUGAAAGCCCGAAUUGGUGCCAUUAAUAAGGGAUCCUGCAGAUUAUCCCCAGCACUGAUGACGGGAGGACAGCGCCUCUUCAUUUAUGAAUGCAGUCUUGGCAGGUCAGACCGCGUUCCUGGGUCAAGUCUAGCUGGAAAAGGCUAAGUCAUUAAUGGAUUGUUUUCCUCAAUGACAAUGAUGAAAUCACCGACGGCUUUUUUCUCACCAACUGAGCAUUGUGGUACAAAAGCAGAACCGAAUUGGCAUCGGACCGGAGUGCUCGGGUUGCCAGACAUGACAUCUGGUCGCGCAUCGAUAGCCCGUCGACCACGAAGCAAUCAAAGCUGCGCCGCUCUGCAUCAACUGCACCUGGGCUCUCGUCAGCCAUUCCAGAUUGGGUCUGAAAGCGGGAGAGCCCUCAAAAGUACCAACCAAGUACCGCUCACCAGGCUCUCAGCUGAACAGAAGGAUCGCAGGGAGGGGCGAAGGGGACGAUCACAUCCCCUUUUUUUCCCUUGUAAUCAGAUACUGCAGUAGAUAGCGCGUGUCAGACAUUGCAUUACCGCUUCUCUCCCUCUGACUGACGAGAGAUCUGUCUACACCACGCAUCAUCAUCAUCAUUAUCACCACGUACGGGUUGACGACCAUCUUUCCGCCGAGAUGCUAUAGCGCGAUCGGCUUACUGAGGGUCCUCUCCACUGCUACGGUGCCUUGAGAGCCGCCAACAGCGAACAAUGGAUAAGCUUGCGCAGACCCUGGAGCGGGUACGCGACUUUGCUUCAAAUUCAAGUGGCGGCCCGCGCAUGGUUAGGUUUAGAGAAUCCACCGCCGAAGCGGUAUCAUUUCUCGACAACCACACUCCUGGCGCGGGGAGCGUCAGAGAAUCCGCCUCCGGGGCGGUGUCCUAUCUCAACAAACACUUUGCAGAGAAGAGAACAGCGUUUGGGGAGGUGAAUUUCAGCGAGAAAGUAGUCAUGUCAUGGCAAAAGGGGAAGCUGCUAGGGAGCGCGCUGUGGGGGAGGACGAGCAGGCGGAUGCGAUUGAUGGGAGGAGUGUUUGUUUUCUUAGCCCUCGCAACCUACCUCUCCCACCUAGCCAUCGAAUCCUCCCUCAUCACCCUCCCCUCCAUCACCCUCACCAACCAAAAACACCACUACCAAGUCCAGGCAAGCCGCUACAACGCCUCCAAGGUCGCCCUCCUAAUCGAAAACCGCCCCGACCCCAUCCUCGCCCCCCUCAUGCUCCACUUCAUGGGCGUGGUCCCCCCUGACUGGCGCUUCCGCUUCAUGGGCUCGUACGAAUCCGUAGCCCACAUCAACAAAUCCUCCGCCAUCCGCUCCCAGGUCGCCGCGGGGAAGCUAGACCUGACUUACAUCCCCUCCAACAUGACGACGGGAUCCCAGGAGGAGAUCUCCCGAUUCUUGACCAACCGCUGGUUAUACGAAGUUGUCCUCCAACCAGCCGAAUGGCUGCUCGUCUUCCAGACCGACUCCAUCCUCUGCGCAAACUCACGAAGGAAUCUAAACGAAUUCUUGGAAUACGACUGGGUGGGUGCGCCCUGGUCGCUGAAUGCUCGGUACGGUGGUAACGGCGGGCUCUCACUUCGCCGUGUGAGCGCCAUUGUCGAAGUCCUAAAACACCAAACGCGAAAAGACGGCUCCGAGCCGGAGGAUGUCUGGCUUUCUGACAGGCUGGGCCACCGGAUCGGGAAUAUGAUGGCCAACGGCAGCGUGUCGAGUGCCUUUUCUGGGGAGCAGCAUUCGGGGAACAAGGUUGAUAUCAACAACCCUGACCCUGCCUUGACUGCGCCGGCGCCGUUGCUGCCGGAUGAGGAGCUGCCGUCUAACGGGACGUUCCCUGUAAAUGGUACCGCGGGGGAGCCGGUGAAGCCUUAUACUGAGGGGGUGGAUGACUGGCGGCAUGGGUUUUAUGAGCCGAUGGGGUAUCAUACUGGGGGAGGGGGGAAGUAUCUACAUAGCAAGGUGUGGGGGACGCCGGAGUUGAGGAAGCAUAUUUGGGAUUAUUGUCCCGAGGUGAAGAUGACGUUGAAGAUGGAUGCGGCCAAGUUUAUGCCGGGGAAUUGUAACCCGAGGUGGAAGAGGGGGGAGUAUUUGGAGAAUGGGGAGCAGGUGGAUGUGGAGGAAGAGGGGGAGGGGGAUGAGUGGGUGAUGGAUACGGAGGUGAUUGAUGGGAGGGAGUAUCCUAUUUUGAGGGGGUUGACGGCUUUUUAG